AUGUCAUACGAUAAAUUACCAUUAGAACCAUUGUUCAAGAAGAUUGAUGAAUUAAAGCCAAAAUUUAUUGAAAGAUUAAGAAAGGCAAUUGCAAUUCCAUCUGUUUCAAGUGAUGAAACGUUAAGACCAAGGGUUGUCGAUAUGGCAAACUUUUUAAAGAACGAAUUAACUACGUUAGGAUUCCACGACAUCCAAAUGAAGGAUUUGGGUAUCCAACCACCACCAGUCGCUGAUCCAAACUUAAAGUUACCUCCAAUUGUCUUAGGUAGAUUUGGCAAUGAUGCAUCCAAGAAGACAGUAUUAGUUUACGGCCAUUAUGAUGUUCAACCAGCAUUAAAAGAAGACGGUUGGGCCACUGAUCCUUUUGACAUGUACCAUGAUGAAGCUAAGGACAUCUUGUUCGGAAGAGGUACUACUGAUGAUAAGGGACCAGUUAUCGGGUGGUUGAAUGUGAUUGAAGCGCACAACGAAUUAAAAUGGGAAUUACCAGUUAACUUAGUUGUUUGUUUCGAAGGUAUGGAAGAAAGUGGUUCAUUAGGUUUGGAAGGGUUAAUUGCAAAGGAAGCCAAACAAUAUUUCUCCAAGGUUGACACUGUAUGUAUCUCUGAUAACUACUGGUUAGGUACUAGCAAGCCAGUUUUAACUUACGGGUUAAGAGGAUGUAAUUACUACCAGAUUAUUGUUAACGGGCCAGGCGCUGAUUUACAUAGUGGUAUUUUCGGUGGUAUAGUUGCAGAACCUAUGACUGAUUUAAUCAAGGUCAUGUCUCAAUUGGUUGAUUCUACAGGAAAGAUUUUGAUUCCAGGAAUUGACGAUAUGAUUGCUCCAUUGACCGACAAAGAAGACGCAUUAUACGAUGACAUCGAUUUUUCGGUAGAAGAAUUAAACGCUGCUUCCGGUUCCAAGACUUCCUUGCACGAUAACAAGAAGGAUAUCUUAAAGCACAGAUGGAGAUACCCAUCCUUGUCUUUACACGGUAUCGAAGGUGGCUUCUCAGGUGCUGGUGCCAAAACCGUCAUCCCAGCCAAGGUUAUCGGUAAAUUUUCUAUCAGAACCGUUCCAGACAUCGAUUCUGCGAAAUUAGAUCAAUUGGUUUUUGACCAUGUUAACAAGUUGAAUGCUCAAUUAAACUCCCCAAACACUUUGAAGGUCGAAUUAAUCCACGAUGGUAACUACUGGGUUUCAAAUCCUUUCAAUGAAGCUUUCACUGCUGCUGCCAAGGCCACAGAAGAUGUAUGGAACAUCAAGCCUGAUUUCACCAGAGAAGGUGGAUCCAUUCCAAUCACUAUCACCUUUGAAAAGGAGUUAGGUACUGAUGUUUUAUUGUUACCAAUGGGUAGAGGUGAUGAUGGUGCUCAUUCAAUUAACGAAAAAUUGAAUCUCAGUAACUACAUUAAUGGUUGUAAAACCUUAGGUGGAUACUUACACUACUACGGUAAGUCUUAG